GGAUUCUCUAAUGUUGAGCACUGCAGAUAUCAAAUGAAAAUUUUAAUAAAAACUCAAUAAAAAAUUUUAAAGGAUAUUUGAAGGUUAAUAAAAUUAAAGAUUAAAAAAACACAGAAAAAUGGCAUGUCCUUUUUUUCGUCGCCAACAAUCACAAACAUCAACGGGAACAACUGAUACUACAACUGGUUUAUGGACUGGAGAAGAUGAUUUAUCAGAGAGACCUGAUGAUGCAUUAACUUUGACACAUUUACAAAUGGCAAUACAAUUAUUAACUGAACCUUCUAAUGACGACCUAAAUACUGCAGUAUCAGCAUUGGUUAACAAAUAUUCGACAAAAUGGCCGAAUCUUAUAUUCCUAAAAGUUAGUCCGGAAACACUUAAAACCUAUCCAAACUAUGAUUAUUUAUCUGAUAUUCAAGACACUUUACUCGAUAUGGAUGAAGACAGUGCAAGUGAAAUUUUAGUUUUACUUGGCGAAGAAUUAAUAACAUCUUGUUGUAAUGGUAUCAUUGAGAGAGCAUUUCGUUGUCUUGGAACUGAUUUACAGGAAUUUUUGGGAUCAUUAGAUGGAGUUUAUGAUGUCUUAAAAUUACAGGAGGAAGACGUAACUGAUACUGGUUUUGUUUGUGCCGGUGACGGUGAAUUGAUUUUCACUUCAGAACGUCCUGUCAUUGCAUGGCUUCUCUUGGGAUCAUUAAAAGCUUUAACACGUAUAUUAUACGGCAUUAAUGUUCAUAUUAAAAUUGAACCUGUUGAAAAUGAUCCAAGACGAUAUCGUUAUUUAUUUCAUUCAGCUGAUGAACAACAUGAGGCAGAUGAUGAACCAAAACUACAAAAAACUUCAUCAACAAAUGCUGAUUUAAAAAUUAAUAUGGCCACUUUUUGUAAACAAUUUCCAUGGCAUUUCAUUAUGAAUGAAAAAUUGGAAUUUGUACAGUUAGGUCGAGGUUUCAAUAAAUUAUAUAAAUCAUAUUUCAGUACAUAUGGAAAAUUGGCCACAACAUACUUAAAUUUUAAACGUCCAAAAAGUUUAUCACUUAAAUUUCGUGACAUUGCUCGCAGAACUUAUACUCCAUUUUUAAUUGCGCUUAAAAGUCCUCCAGAUGUUACAGAUUUUCCAUCACAAGGAUUAGAAAUUAAAGGCCAAAUGGUUUUCUGUCCAGAAUCUAAUUCACUUUUAUUUAUGGGUUCACCAUUUUUGGAUGGUUUGGACGGAUUAACUGAUAAUGGUCUUUUUAUUUCUGAUAUUCCUUUGCAUGAUGCAACAAGAGAAGUUAUUUUGGUGGGGGAACAAGCCCGUGCACAAGAUGGCUUGAGACGCCGUAUGGAUAAGCUUAAGAGCUCAAUUGAGGAGGCAAACACUGCUGUCACAAAAGAAAGAAAGAAAAAUGUCAGUUUAUUACACAUGAUUUUCCCAGCAGAAAUUGCUGAGCGUUUAUGGUUAGGUGCUAAUAUUGAUGCAAAAACUUACCCAGAUGUUACUUGCUUAUUUAGUGAUAUAGUUGGGUUUACAAGUAUUUGCUCAAAGGCUACUCCAUUUAUGGUCAUUAACAUGCUUGAAAGUUUAUAUAAAGUAUUUGAUGAAUUUUGUGGUAUUUUUGAUGUAUAUAAAGUCGAAACUAUCGGUGAUGCUUAUUGUGUCGCUAGUGGAUUACAUCGUGCGAGUAAAUAUGACGCUCAUAAAGUAGCAUGGAUGGCAUUAAAAAUGAUUCAAGCCUGUUCAAAUCACAAUACACCAGAUGGUGAACAUAUAAAAAUGAGAAUUGGUUUGCAUACUGGAACAGUUCUAGCUGGAGUAGUUGGGAGAAAAAUGCCACGUUAUUGCCUAUUUGGGCAUAAUGUAACAAUUGCCAAUAAAUUCGAAUCUGGUAGUGAAGCGUGCCGUAUUAAUGUUAGCCCAACUACCAAAGCAUGGCUUACAAAACAUGAAGGUUUCAAUUUCGAAUUAAUUCCUCGCGAACCAGAAUGUUUACCAAAAGAAUAUCCAAACAAGGGUGAAGGUGAUACUUGUUAUUUCUUAGAGACAUAUCGUCAUGGUACAGUAAAUCAAAACGCAUCAUUGGAUGAGCAUAUUGAAGAAGCGCUCAAAGCAAUUAUUUAAAUUGCUGUAAAUGGAUAAAUAAAAGCCGCUUUUAAGGGACCGUUUAUGAAUAUUAAUUGCUUUAAAUUGUGUUUAAAGUUUGAAAAUUACUAUAUAUACAUUGAUGUUAUUUAAAUAGAGAUUUCCUUA